CAUUGCAGUAGUAACGGUCGUGAGGCACGCAACAAAGCUGAGAAAAAUCGACGUGAUAAAUUAAAUAAAUCAAUUCAAGAGUUGGCCGGACAUGUACGAAAUGUGGCUGGCUCAUCAAAGCGUAUCGAUAAAACAGGAAUACUACGAUUCUCGGCACAUGGUCUUCGCAUUGAUUAUGUUUUCAAUAGCGGUGAAAGAAGCCCAUGUCAAUUUAGUAUUAAUCAUUCAAGUGCUGAAUCCUUAAUGAAGCUUGUUAAUGGAUUUUUGAUAGCGAUAACGUGUCGUGGAAACAUUGUGAUU